GUACUGGGAUGUUCUUCAGCACUUUUGAGAGUGGAGCUCAGGGGUUUGUACACAAGGACACCCCUCUCUCCCUCCAUCUCUUUCUCCACCACACACGCACACACUCACACACACACACACACACACACACACACACAUAAGCACUCACACACACACACACCAGGUUCUGGUGUAGUAGUUCACAGCUAGGAUGCUGAGUCUGCUGAGAGUGACUUCGCAGCCUGUUGCUCUGGGCCGGGCUAAAGGGAUUCUGCAGGAGAGACGCUCCAGUAUCUACAGCAAGCCUCCCAAGAACAAGAUUGGAGCUGGGCAAAGUUUCUUCAUCAUGUCUGUGUUCGCUACGGCCAUGCUACUACCUGCCGGCUGGAUCCUUCACCAUCUCCCCGAAUACCGCAAAAGACCCCGGCCCCCACCCUCAUAAGAAAGCUGGAGCACCCCUCCCCCAUCGCCCGCUGUACUCCGUAAACCCUGGCUGCUUCUGAAGCCUUAUUCACCUCCACUAGAUGUACCUUGAAUUGUUUAGAGCCAUCAGAUGGAAAAUGCCUAAUGAAUGCAAUGGCCACUACCAGCCACACAAAAGAACGACCUCUCAAUUAAAAACCUUGGGGAGAACGAUGUCCAAAACGUUUACUCAUACAUUCUUGGUCAGUGCAGCAGUGGUAUGUCUUGGUGUUUAAGGCCUUGGAAAUAGGGCCCCUAUCGUCACUGCAGUGCUCACUUGCAGUGACACGUACAAUGUAAACAACUGCAAAUGCAUUUUUCAAUGUCAAUAAACCUGUGAACCUG